AUGCCCAUCGCAAACGUAGUCAACGCCUGCGCACACCUGCAAAACGCCUCCCGCGCCCGCCUGGGCCUCACCUCCCUCCCCAACACAAAACAGAACCUCCUCUUCUCCCUCGCCCUCCACCGCUCCGGCCUCAUCUCCACCGUCGUCCGCGGCGGGCCCCAGCCACCCGACCCAGAAACCCUCCUCACGGCCGCCGACGGCGGACCCGGCGCCGUCACCUCCUACGAGCCCGUGACCACCCACAAUGUAGCCACGCGGCGCCUGUGGCUGGGCCUCAAGUACAUGGACGGCGAGCCGGUCAUGCGCAACGUGAGCGCCGUGACGAAGCCGAAGCGGCCCAUUACGCAGAAGCUCGUCGGCCUGCGGCGCAUCGCGAGGGGGUUCGAGAGCGGCUAUGUGGACGGGCUCAAGAUCGGGGAGUGCAUGUUUGUUGCGACCGACAGUGGUGUGCUCGAGAUCAGAGAGGCGCUAGAUAAGAAGGUGGGCGGGCUGAUAUUGUGUCGCGUGAGCCCUUACUGA